AUGCCCCCGUAUAACGCUGGCGUGAUGUACGGCCAGGUACUGCGCCACAACCGUCACCGCCGCGUCGGUGGCCGGGAGGAAGAGGAGGAGCAGGUGGUGGUGGAGGAGGAGAUGGUGACGCUGAACGUGGGCGGCGUUGUCCACCGCGUGGGGCGGGGCGUCCUGAUGCGCUUCCCUCAGACGCGUCUGGCGCGCCUGAUCUGCUGCCGCUCGGAGGCGGCCAUCUUGGAUCUGUGCGACGACUACAGCGCGGCCAGCCGGGAGUUCUACUUCGACCGCAGCCCACGCGCCUUCCGCAGCGUGCUCAACUUCUACCUCACAGGCCACCUGCACGUGAUGGAGGAGUUGUGUGUGUUCUCCUUCGACCAGGAGCUGGAAUACUGGGGCAUCCCCGAACCCUACCUGGCCCCCUGCUGCAACGGCUGGUUCCACGAACGCAAGGCCUACAUCGAGGACCGUGACUGGGACGUGCGGAGCGAUGACCAGCAGCCCAGCUUCGACUCGUCCUUCGAGGAGCUGUCGGCCCUGGACAAGGAUCUGGAGAAGUUCAAGGGGGCCUGGUGUGCAGACGUGAGGAGGGUGGUGUGGCUGACGCUAGAGGACCCCGGCUACUCGUUGUCCUCCAAGGUCAUCAUGGUGGCGUCCUUGAGUGUGGUGUUGACCUCUAUAGUGGCCAUGUGCGUCCACAGCAUGCCCGAGUUCCAGAAGGUGGACGCCAGCGACCGGCCCCUCGAGGACCCCGUGCUCGCCAUCCUGGAGGUGGUGUGCAUCAUUUGUUUCUCUGCUGAGUUCGCCGUGCGCCUGGCGGUGGCUCCCUCGCCCCGCAAGUUCCUGUCCAACCCCCUCAACAUGAUCGACUUCGCCUCCAUCCUGCCCUUCUACGCCACGCUGGCCUUCGAGACGGCGGAGGAGGAGGGGGUGGGCGUGGUCGUCAGCGAGGAGGAGACAGAGAACUUGGAGAACGUCGGCAAGGUGGUGCAGGUGCUGCGGCUCAUGCGUGUGUUCCGUAUCCUCAAGCUGGCGCGCCACUCCAUUGGUCUGCGGGCGCUGGGCGCCACCAUGCGGCACAGCUACCACGAGGUGGGCCUGCUGAUCCUCUUCCUCUCGGUGGGCAUCUCCAUCUUCUCUGUGCUUAUCUACUCGGCCGAGAAGGAGGACGCCGACUCGGACCUGGGCACCAUCCCCGUGGGCUGGUGGUGGGCCACCAUCACCAUGACGACGGUGGGCUACGGCGACACGUGUCCCGUCACCGUGCUGGGCAAGCUGGUGGCCACGCUCUGCAUCAUCUGUGGCCUCCUGGUGGUGGCGCUACCCAUCAGCAUCAUCUUCAACAAGUUCUCAAAGUACUACCAGCGGAACAAGGCCAUGGAGGAGGCCAACCAGGGCAUGAACACGGCGACACACGAGAGGCCUCCCGACAGCCCCUACGCGCACCUCCGCGAGCUCUACGCCCAGAGCCUGUACCCCUUCCUGGGCGCCGGCAUCUCCUUCAAGAGCAGCGAGAGCAGCGGAGACGACCACACCGACGCCUCCAGCCUGCAGGAGGAAGUUUAG